AUGGCUGAAGAAAGAGUUAGAAUUGGUGGUGGUAAUGGUGAAAAUAAUCAGAACAAUGAAAAUGAAGCUCGUGGGGAAAAAGACAAGAGGACGGGUAUAGUAACAGACUUCAACACCCACUUCUCAUUUGUCAUUAACUCUCUAAACAAUGUUGCAUAUGGAGAUGGCAUGGCUUUCUUUAUGGCACCUCAAGGUUCGAAAAUUCCUGCCCAACUGACGCACGGCAGCACUCUUGGUCUAACAAGUGAUGGAGACGAAUUGAACUCUACAAGCAAUCCAUUCGUGGCGAUAGAAUUCAGCAUAUUUAGAGACAAUUGGGAUCCACCCUACGACCAUGUUGGCAUUGAUGCCAACUCAAUGAAGUGUGUCAAAAAUGAGAAAUGGUUGAGUGAUGUUAGGAAGGAGAAACUAAAUGACGCGUGGAUAUCAUAUAAUUCCAGUACAAAAACUUUGAGUGUUGUCUUCACCGGAAUUGGGAAUAGCAAAGUGAAAGAAGAUGAAUCCUUCACUGCACAAUUGACAGAACAAGAAUUUGAAACAGCAACAGCGGCAAAGAUGAUGCCAUAUGGCGAAUUGAAUAGCGCAACCUAUAACUUUGAUGAGAAAAAUAAGCUGGAGGAGGGAGGAUUUAGUGCAGUUUAUAGGGGGUUUUUGAUGUUUAAAUAUAUUGCCGUUAAGAAAUUCAAAAGGGUGUCCAUCCAUGGGUUAAAGCACUAUGCAUCAGAAGUUAUGAUCACUGGCAAGCUGAAGCACGAAAACUUGAUUAAACUGAUAGGUUGGUGCUAUGAGAAGGAACAACUUCUACUCGUUUUCGAGUACAUGCCAAAUCUGAGUUUAGAUUACCAUCUUUUUAAAGGAACAAAGUUGCUGAAAUGGGUGGAAAGGUAUAAAAUUGCAUUAGGCUUGGCCUCUGCUUUGCAUUACAUGCACCAAGGAUGCGAACGAUGUGUGCUACAUCGGGACAUAAAAUCCAGUAAUGUGUUGCUAGAUUCAAAUUUCAAUGCGAAGCUUGCAGAUUUCGGGUUAGCUCGCCUUGUGAGUCAUGAUGCCAAGUCUCAAACACUUGAAGGUUGGACUAAUGGAUACGAGGCUCCUGAAUGUCACCAAACAGGAAAGUCGAGCAAAAUGUCUGACGUCUACAGUUUUGGUGUUGUUGCCUUGGAGAUUGCAUGUGGAAGAAGAGCAUUUGUGCAAAUGGACGAUGGAAACCAUGUACGCUUAGUGAAGUGGGUGUGGGAUCACUAUGAAAGAGACAAUCUUCUUGAGGCAGCUGACCAAAGAUUAUGCGGAAAAUUUGAUGAGAAUCAAAUGAAACGUUUAAUGAUGGUGGGACUAUGGUGCGCACAUCCUGGCUUUUCUCAUCGUCCUUCAGCAGGAGAAGCCUUGGAAGUGCUCAAGUUCAAUGCUGCACCACCAAACCUUCCAUCAAAAUUUCCAGAGGCAAGAUAUGCUCCUGCUCCUGCAGGACCAUCAUUUUAA